GGUCUGACUGCGCUACAUAUGGCAGAGGCGCAAGAGGAAGUAGCGAAAGAGAAAGGCAUGGAAGAGUAUGAAAAGAACGUCGCAAAGCUCGCCCCUCCAUCUGACGAGAUGAAGCCGGCAGUGCAGUUCCUUGAUGCCAUAGGGAGGGAGUUCACUUUCCCUUGGCAUCUAGCCAAAAGCUGGAGCGCAAUGAAAGAACUGAUCAACACCGGCUUCGCCCAUGUAGAAGGCUUAAAUAAACACGUCUUCGCAGGCCACUACGAUCUUGCAGGCCCUGAUGGCGAAAUCAUGCUGCCUCAAGUCUGGGAAGCUCUCAUCGAGCCCGGUAUGACCGUCAAGAUGAUAUUGUGGCCGGAAAUUCCACCACCUCCCUCAAGUAUAGGACUAGGUAUGCCAGGCCCUCUCCUACCUGUCCCUGAUCGCGGCGUACUGGAACCCUGA